UUUCGUGUAGCAGUGAGUGGCGCUUUGUCCUCACCCUGUCCUGUAUACCGGGGAGUGCCCCAGGGAUCUGUUCUUAGCCCACUCCUUUUCUCUGUCUUAUUGUCGGAUCUCCCUUCCAUGCAGGGAGUGCAUACCCUGGUAUAUGCGGAUGAUGUGGCCCUUAUGUGCAGUGCCCCGGCUUUACUGACGGCACAGGAAAGACUUCAGGGUGCCCUGCAACGCAUAACAUCAUGGGCCACCACCUGGGGUUUGGAGAUAUGGAGGCGAGACGUGCUGCGUACCUGACGCUGGCAGCAACAGCUUCCUUGAUCUACGGCUUCUAUUUCAUGACCUACAACCUGAGACCGUCUCUCUCCCCCCGACCUUGUGGGACUGGCUGUGACGUGGAGAAUUCCCCACACUUCGUGAUACAUACGCCAGUGUGUGUUAUCCCGGACUUCGCCCCGACGGAUCCUGCCAUAGCUGAGUACAUAGGCACUGAGGACGAGACGGUGGUGUGUUCUACCCUACGUCCUUUGACUGAUACUGAUAGACUUAUGCUGCGGGUCUAUAAGGAGAGAGUCGAGGAGUACGGACUGACUUGGGAAUCUAUCAACUGUUCCUACCAAGGUAUAAGAAGGAUCCAACAGGACCCGAAUAGAUAUGAUUGGAAUUGUGACAAGAUUUCGAAGCUAAAGGAGAACAAAAUUCCCAUAAAUUCUAACACACCCAUUCUGGAGGACGGUAUCCUGGUGAAGUGUCUUGAUGUAAACAAUAUGACUGUCAUCUACAAGAAUGUUCACUACUUUCUACAACCCGACAGAGUUCAUAAGAAGAGACUAAGGUUUGAGGAGUAUGAGGAGAGACAAUCACGGGAGAACAAACUCAGUGUUAUUAUUAUGGGCACUGAUGCCGUCUCCAGGGGUAACCUGAAGCGCAGUAUGCCUAAGACCUUCCAGUAUCUCACACACAGCCUCAGAGCCAUUGAUCUUCAGGGUUUCAACAAGGUGGGAGACAACACCGACCCGAAUUUGAUUGCUGCAUUGAUGGGGCUCACCACUGAGGAGUUCAACAAACACCCUUGCCAUCCCAAGAAAAGCUCAAAGCUCGACGAUUGUCCUCUUAUCUGGAAAGAGUUCUCUGAGGAAGGAUAUGCUACUGCUUACGGUGAGGACGCUCCCUGGAUGGGCGUUUUUCACUACACCCAAAUUGGGUUUGUGAAGGAGCCCACUGAUUACUACAACAGGCCGUAUUUUUUCGUUUCCGAGAGGGAAAUCAGCCAUAAUGCCGAUCUUGGAAUGUCUAAUGGUAAACUGUGUCAAGGAAACAAGCUUAGUAUGGGUGUUAUACACGAGUAUUCUCUAGCUGUAGCUGAGACCUUAGAAGACCUUCCUUACUUUGGCUUCUACUGGACGGCAUCUCUCACACACGACUACCUCACCAUGGCCAAGGCUGCUGAUGAACCUUCACUCUGGUACCUACAACAACUUAAAGCCAAAGGCUACUUCAACCACACGAUCCUCUUCUUCAUCAGUGAUCACGGUCAAAGAUGGGGGAGCUUCCGUUCUACCUACGCCGGCAUGCUUGAGGAAAGACUGCCCUAUGUUAUGAUCGUUUUUCCUCCGUGGUUCGAAGAUAAGUAUCCCGAAGCGUGGCACAACCUGAGGACCAACACUCGAAGACUCACAUCAACGUUUGACAUCCAUGCAACACUGAUUGAUAUCCUGAAGCAAGCGUAUGAAGACCUAUCUGUCGAACCCAGAGUGUCAUCCCACGGUCAAAGUCUAUUCCGGGAAGUGCCUUUGAGAAGGACUUGCCAAGAUGCCUCCGUCAGUGAUCACUACUGCGCCUGUCAGUCCAUGAGUCAAUUAGACGCCGGGGAUCAGCGUCUCAAGACAGUCGCAGAGUUCAUAGUGAGGACUCUGAACUCUGGCCUCCUGGCCUUCCCAGAGUGCGCCCAGCUUCAGCUGGUUAGGAUUUUACGAGGACAAAUGGGCACAGCAACGAACUCUACCUCACCGAAAAAACAAGAAUCUGUCUCAGUAACGUACAGCGUUGCCUUCGUUACCAACCCAGGUGGGGCUGAACUUGAAGGUACUGUCAAGUACCACUCACGACAGUACCAGAUAGUAAGUGACGUGUCGAGGAUCAACCAGUACGGCAGUGACAGUCACUGUAUCACUGACCAGCUCUACAGGAAGUAUUGUUAUUGUCGUGACCUCAUGUAGAGGCAGUGACAGUCACUGUAUCACUGACCAGCUCUACAGGAAGUACUGUUACUGUCGUGACCUCAUGUAGAGGCAGUGACAGUCACUGUAUCACUGACCACUCUACAGGAAGUACUGUUACUGUCGUGACCUCAUGUAGAGGCAGUGACAGUCACUGUAUCACUGACCAGCUCUACAGGAAGUACUGUUACUGUCGUGACCUCAUGUAGAGGCAGUGACAGUUACUGUCUUACUGUCCAGCUCUACAGAAAGUACUGCUACUGUCGUGACCUCAUGUAGAGGCAGUGACAGUCACUGUAUCACUGACCAGCUCUACAGGAAGUACUGUUACUGUCGUGACCUCAUGUAGAGGCAGUGACAGUCACUGUAUCACUGACCAGCUCUACAGGAAGUACUGUUACUGUCGUGACCUCAUGUAGAGGCAGUGACAGUCACUGUAUCACUGACCAGCUCUACAGGAAGUACUGUUACUGUCGUGACCUCAUGUAGAGGCAGUGACAGUCACUGUAUCACUGACCAGCUCUACAGGAAGUACUGUUACUGUCGUGACCUCAUGUAGAGCAGUGACAGUCACUGUAUCACUGACCAGCUCUACAGGAAGUACUGUUACUGUCGUGACCUCAUGUAGAGGCAGUGACAGUUACUGUCUUACUGUCCAGCUCUACAGAAAGUACUGCUACUGUCGUGACCUCAUGUAGAGGCAGUGACAGUCACUGUAUCACUGACCAGCUCUACAGGAAGUACUGUUACUGUCGUGACCUCAUGUAGAGGCAGUGACAGUCACUGUAUCACUGACCAGCUCUACAGGAAGUACUGUUACUGUCGUGACCUCAUGUAGAGGCAGUGACAGUCACUGUAUCACUGACCAGCUCUACAGGAAGUACUGUUACUGUCGUGACCUCAUGUAGAGGCAGUGACAGUCACUGUAUCACUGACCAGCUCUACAGGAAGUACUGCUACUGUCGUGACCUCAUGUAGAGGCAGUGACAGUCACUGUCUUACUGUCCAGCUCUACAGAAAGUACUGCUACUGUCCUGACCUCGUCUACAAGACCAGCUGAACCCUCCUGCCGGACGUACCUCCACACCACCCUGACGGGUUUAACGCUACGUCAAAUUAUUAAAAUGAUGACAAUAAUAACGAUAAUAAUAAUAAUAAUAAUAAUAAUAAUAAUAAUAAUAAUAAUAAUAAUAAUAAUAAUAAUAAUAAUAAUAAUAAUCUCUGUCUAGUUAUCUUCACUUGUGGGGUUAGAAGCCAUGGCUUUGAAGGGGCAUGAGUUGGAGUUUCAUCUGUAUAUGUGGUCACAGUGGUGGCCCAUGUUAGCCUUCCAAGGGUGUUGAAUUACAGGGUGUUCCAAAAUAAUAUACCCAGUUUCAAAGCAGACUGCUUUGAAAAUGGGUACAUCAAUUUGAAACACCCUGUACACCUUAUUGGGCGGCUGUUAUUGUAGCCAGGUGGCCUGGUUGUUAACGCACUCGCCCGGUGUUUUACGACUCACUUGCCGCGGGCUCUAACCCCACUGGAGCUGUUAUGUGGCUUGCUACUUGCAGGCAGCAACUGUCUCAGUGAUCAAUGUUAAGGUGGUGGCUUAGUUCAUUCUUUGUUCAAGGUUCUUGUUGACAGGUACGUGGUGUGUGUGUAUGUGAAAGAGAGAGAGAGAGAGAGAGAGAGAGAGAGAGAGAGAGAGAGAGAGAGAGAGAGAGAGAGAGAGAGAGAGAGAGAGAGAGAGAGAGAGAGAGAGAGAGAGAGAGUCACCCCUUCUUGACGGAUAAACAUACACACAGAAAAUGCAGUGGGCGUUCCCCCUCUGGAUCGUCACACUAACUCUCUUGUAACAGGAAUCCUCCCCUCCCCCAACCACAUCUCCCUCCCCAACCACAUAUCCCUCCCCAACCACAUCUCCCUCCCCCAACCACAAUCUCCCUCCCCCAACCACA